GGAGAUGGAGGCUGCAGUGGCAGUGAUUGUAGUGGUUGUGUUUUGAAUGGGGUCACGUACCUGCGCCCCGACAAUGGCACAAAGAAGGUGGAACAGGAGCGGGAGGGGACGUCGGCGUCGGCGAUGGGCGAGCGCGGCGCCUCAGCAAGCGAUUUGUAUGUAAUGGGUAUCGUGGGUUUGUUAUACUGGUGUAUGGGGCCUAUCUUAUGUAAUGUUCGGUAGUUGAUGUGGGUUGCACUGGGCUCGCUUUCUCUCGUCCGUCCCGACUCGUCUCUGGUCUGGUCUGGUCUCGUCUUCUCUUCUCUGCUCUUCUCUGUCUUCUCUUCUCUUCUCACUUUCCUCUCUCACUUGUGCACUAUCUCACUUCUCCAUCCACGGCAGAAAAGAACUCGCCGGUGUCUUCGAUUGUGGUGUUCUUCCUUGCAUGUGGUUGGUAUCGACCGACUUCUUGCUGGCGCCUUUCGGGGCUUGAGGCCGCGAUGGAUGGAUUGGAUGUAUGGAUGUAUGGGACGGGGGACCGAUACGACGACGGGGGGAGAAGGAGGAGGAGGGGUGAAGAGAAUCGAAGUGGACCGCUGCACCGCUGCAAGUGUGGCUUCUGGAUCCCUUCCUUUUUUCCGCUUCACGGUGCCAGUUGCAGUUGCGUUUGGGGCGCACGAUCGGUCGGGACUGACUCCGGACGGAAGUCGGAAGGGGUCUGGAGUCUACUGACUAGUAGUAGUCGGCAAGUUGAGUAUCUAGUGAGUUGAGUAGGUAAGAAGUGCUUGGGUAUCGUAUCGUAUCGUAUGUAAUAUCGGGGGAUCUUCGCGGUCGUGGGCGAUCGGCAAGGUCCAAGGUGUUCUUUUGGAGGACGGGGGACAGAGGAGGGGAGGGGGUGGACGGGGACUUCGUCUAGAUACCAAUACUAUACAUGUGGAGUAGUUAAAAUAAAUGAUGCUCUAUUACUCCAGCCCAGUGCCCACUAUAUGCCA